CUUGUCAAAUGCAGUGUUCCUCACAUGACCUGAAUUCUUAUCACCAUGAAAUUUGUAAUUCGUUUUAGUUUGCUGCUUUAUGAUUAGAUUCUGCAUCGACGCCAGUACAGUUGGUUGUAACUUGUCAUAUUGUUUACAAUAAUCAACCUCCAACAAACUCACAGUAUUCACCUCAAGAGCUGUCUAGUCCACAGCAUAACACUGAUAUUCUGGCGGACAUCCUCCCUCCUGGACCUUCAUCCACUUUUACUUCACAGCAAGCUUUUCCAGGUCCAACUGGCCAUCCUUUACAGCCAACUGCUAAUAUGUACAGCACUUUCCACACACAGGCAGGACCUGCAACUCCUGUAGAUGCACAUAUUGCUCAAACUUCCACUGGACCAGCUGUUCAACCUAACAGUUGGUAAUUUACUCCCUCAAGCUGGGCCAAAUGCCCCUACAAUUCCACAACAAAUUCUUCCGUCUUCAUCUGGAUCACUUUCAACAUUUCCUCAACCAGCAAAGGACAAGUUUGAGACCAAGUCAACUGUUUGGGCCGAUACACUAAGCAGACGGCUUGUCAAUUUAAAUAUAUCUGGACCUAAAAUAAAUCCUAUGGCGGAUAUUGGAAUUGAUUUUGAUGCACUUAAUCGGAAGGAGAAGAGGAUGGAAAACCCUGCCACAACUCCUGUUAUGUCUACUGUCAACAUGGGGAAAGCUAUGGGAUCUGAAGACUGAAGGCAUUGUAGAAGAGGAUUUGAAGACUUGGAAUGACCCAGUUUUUUUUUAAUGUGGAACAUCAGGAUUAUUGGAGGAAUUAUAUAGGGUUUGGAGUGUGGAAGAGGAUAUAGCACUUUCUGAAGCAGAGAAAUUACGGAUAGUUUGAGUGUACUUUGACCUUUAAAGGGUUAAUUUGAUGGAGGAAAUAUAUUGGAGGCAGAAAUCGAAGCAUACAAAGUUUUUACAUCGAGUGGCCAACACAUAUAGGAGGAACAAUGCUUAUGGUUGAUGGCUUAGUAUCCUUGAAUCAAUUUGAGAUCAAGGAUAAUAUAGUCC